UAUGGGUUGCUGCUUCUCGACGCAAGAAAAGGAAAAUCCUCCAGUAGACAUUUGAGAUAGGAAAAGAACAAACAAAGAUGAGUCUAAAAAAUCCCAGGAAAAUGGAAAAAACGGAGAGCCUAAGGAUGUCCCUACUCCUAAAAUAUUCGGAGAGAAAGAGGAUCUAAAAGAAGCACUUGAUGAAAAAAUUAGAAAAAUCCAAUCUAUUACUGAAGAUGAAGUCGUUCAAAAUAAUUAUCAAGAGAGAGUUAGAGAAGCUGCUAAAAGAGAAGCGAUCGAAGAGAGAUUAAGAAAUCUCAGCAUAUCCAGUUCUUAG